AUGACAUCAAUAAACAAGAUAAUUACAAAAUAUCCUAUAUAUGAUACUGUUCAAAUCAUAUCAAAUUCAGAAUUAUCGCAUAUAAAAACAACAACAUCACAAUUAAAAAUCAAUGAUUUAUAUAAUCUUUUAAUUACUUCACAACCAAAACCUGAAUAUUUAAUAGCAAUUCCAUUAGAUUCAAAUUCUAAAUUUGGUGAUGUAUUGAUAUUUAAUAAUGGAAUAAUUACAUUAGUAUUAACUCAAGAUUCAUUUACUCGUAUACCUAAUUUAAAAAGUAAAUAUGGAUCAAAUAAAAUCAAACAAUCUAAAGAUGAAAAAAAUAGAAUUAAACUUAAAUUAAAUCAAUUUGAAUCAAUUCCUGAAUUAAAAUUUAUUAUUGAUAAAUUGUUUAAUAAUGUUGAUAUUAAAAUAUAUUAUAAUGAAUUAAUAAAUGAAAAUAUUGGGAUUUUUUCAAAUGAAAAAAAUUUUACAAAAUUACCAAAUAAUUUAAAUCAUCUUGAUUUAGAUAAUGAUGAAUUUUAUGAAUUGAUUACAUUAUGUUGUAAUUUUGAAAAUAUUAUUCAUGAUAAUGAUGCAUUCACUUGUUUAAAUAUAGAUGGUGAAUUAGAAAUUAAAACAAGAUAUACUUUGAAACACAUUUCUUCACAAAAAUUAAAAGAUUUGGAUUGGAAUAUACUAAGUUUACAUAAUGAUAAUCAUCAUAUACUAUUAUAUAAAUCCAAUCCUAAUGAUAUCACUGUAUUUGAAGUAGAUAGAAAAUAA